AUGGCGUUUGAAGCAGAUCACCCCUUUAACACCGACACUGUCUUCUGUAAGAGCACACUAUUGGAGAUCACCCCGGACGAUGUGUGCCGCUGGAUGAAUUUGCGUGCGUUUGGGGAAGAGACUCCUGCGAAGGACGUCAAACCAGUGAAUGCCAGGGCAUCUACCUUAGAAUACGCUAAGAAGGCCCUUUCAUCAUUCAUGCCACGACACACCGUACCAUGGGACCCCAUCGCAACGAAGGCAACCCAACCCGCUCUGAGCUGGUAA